UCAAACUCUUACAGAGAUGAUGUCACACUUCCUGUUUGCACACACAAAGCGUAGAAACAGAAAAUAUGACAAGAAGGUUGAGACAAACAAAGAAAAGCUUCUGAAAACACACAAAGAAUUUCUUCUGAAACUCAGCAAGCUUGCAUUUGAGCAGCUGCUGAAGAACAACCUCAUCUUCUAUGAGGAAGACCUGGAAGACUUUGGCAUUGACAUUAAAGAAGCCUCCAUGUACUCUGGAUUUUGCACCACAGUACUUCGUGAAGAAGAAAUCAUUUCCCAGAAAAAGGUCUUCUUCUUUGUACAUCUGACUCUGCAGGAGUUCUUUGCAGCUCUCCACAUCUAUGACUGUUUCAUAAAUAAUGAUACCAGAGAGCUCAGCAGCUUCCUCGAUCUAAAGAGCCAAGAACAUACGUUACUUGAUCUUUUAAAGAUGAUGGUUGACAAAGUGCUGGAGAAGAAAAAUGGCCACCUGGACUUCUUCCUGAGAUUCCUUCUUGGCCUCCUGGUUGAACCAAAUCGCAGAGUCCUUCAUGGUCUGCUGCCUUCACCAGAUCAAAGUCAAGAUACUGAAAAGAAAAUCUUGACUUACCUCAAGUCUAUCAGAAGGAAGAACCUCUCUCCAGACAGCUGCAUCAACCUUUUCCAGACUAUGGUCGAGAUGAGAGAUCACAAAGUCAAAGAUGAAAUUCAGGAAUAUCUUGAAAUGUCAGAUCAUUUAGAAACAGAGUUGACUCCCCUGCACUGCUCUGCACUGGCCUACAUGCUGCAGGCAUCAAAGAAGGAUCUGGAAGUCUUGGACUUGAAGAGUUACAACACAUCAGAGGAGGGCAGACGGAGGCUGAUACCAGCAGUGAGGAGCAGCAAGACAGCCUUACUAGCAGACUGUAAAGUGACUGAAGAGUGGGUUGAGCAUCUGGCCUUUGGUCUCACCUUCCCCUUCUCACCUCUACGACAUCUGGACCUGAGCAACAAUGACCUGAAAGAUUCAGGAGUAGAGCUGCUGUGUAAAGGACUGUCGAGUCAGUGCUGCAGACUGAAAACUUUGAGGUUAUCUGGUUGUCUGGUGACAGAAAAAGGCUGUGGGUUUUUGGCCACAUCCAUUAAGGCUAAUCCUUCUCAUCUCAAAGAGCUGGACCUGAGCUAUAACCAUCCAGGAGGAGUUGGGGAAAAGAAACUCUCUGAGCUGAAGGAUGAUCCAAAAUACAACCUCAGCCAACUCAAUUUUGAACAUGGUGGAAAUCACCGGAUGAAACCAGGAUUCAGGAAAUAUGCCUGUGAGCCCAGUCUGAACUCCAGCACAGCUCACAAGAACCUGCUGCUCUCUGAAGGGAACAGAAAGGUGACCUGGGUGGAGGAGGAGCAGCCAUAUCCUGAUCAUACAGAGAGGUUUGAUUGCUGUCAGCAAGUUCUGUGUAAACAGGGACUAAAAGGACGCUGUUACUUUGAGUUGGAGGUGUCAGAGCCCUUCUGUGUUGGGUUAACAUACAGAAACAUUGGCAGGAAAGGGGAUGUUGAUGAUUGCAAGCUGGGACACAAUGACAAGUCGUGGUGUCUGAUUUGCUCUGAUGAUGGUUUUUUUGUUCAGCACAACAAAGAGAAGGUCUGUGUAUCUUCUCAGUGUUUGCGCUCCAGUCGUGUCGGGGUGUAUCUGGAUUCGGAGGACAAAAUUUUGUCCUUUUACAGAAUUUCCUCUGGCAGUCUCGUUCACCUCCACACCUUCAAAUCAACCUUCACUGAUGUUCUCUACCCUGCUGUUGCACUUCACACUCAUUCCUCCGCGCUGUUUUGUUAGGUAACAUUAAAGAAAAAAAUCUGAACUGCACUCAAGCAAACCACCAAUGGUGAAGACAUUUGGCACCAAAAUGGUCAAAACUGGAAUUUCUCAUUGAAUUCUUUAUGUACAGCAUGGAGUUGGCAACAUCUCGAAAUAAAAAGCUACAUCGUAAAAUAACAUAAGAAAAAUACACAAUCCCCAAACACCUGUGGCAGAUGGCUUCCCCUCCCUGAGCCAGGUUCUUCCAAAGGUUUUUUCCUGUUUAAAAGGGAGUUUCCCGCUGUGAGCAACUGGCUUGCUCAAACAGCUUCAUCUGACUGUUGAGGUUUUCUCCAUGUUCUUUGUAUUAUUGCAGGAUCUUUACUUUACAAAAGCAUAGUUUAAGUGAAGCCAAUCAACAGCUGGUGAGCUUUCAGCAGUGCAACAAAAAUUUUUAGCCAAAGUGUUGUGGUGUAGAAGUGUAGACACUCAUUAACUGUUUAGGUACCUUUAUGUGAACAUAAGAAUCCUUUUUAAAAGAUCUAUACAUUACAAACAAAUAACAUAAAUAAAAUAAUUGGCCUAAUUACAGAAUAUAUACAAUAACUGAGUGUAAAACAUGUAACAAAAUCCUCAUUAUGAAACUGGGAAAAAAUGUAAACAUUAGAAAGCUUCACUGCAUGAAGGUUUCAUUACAGGCUAAUUUCUGAGGUUUACUAGGUUUUCAGUUUUCUCUGAUAAUUGAACAUCAUUACCAAAUGGAGCUCAGAUUUUAAAUUGCUCUCUCUCUGAAGCUGAGUUGAAUUGUAAACUUUUCUGAGCUGCUUUUAGGAGGUAAAUGUGAAAUAAUCAGCAUGAAGCAGUUUGUACUUUGGGAUGCAUCUCUUCUAUCAUUAGAUGAACCUGCUUUUAAUAAAUUCACAUUUCUGCCACUGACAGACUGAGCCACUUCUAUAGAUUUUGUUGCAUUGAAAUAAGUAAUUGUGCUAAAGUGAUAUGAUUUGGUAUGUAAAACUACAAUUAAUAUGUACUUAUAAAUUGUAUCUUAGAAUUCCACAAACUCUUGCAUAGCUUUUUUGUGUUUUGCCUUAUGUCUUGAACAAGACCCUUAUUUUUCUAUCUCACAGCUUUAUCAAAUUGCUCUAAAGUUAGCAGUUAGUAUAAAACAUUUCUAAAGUAAACAAUAAGAAGGUAACUUUCAGGAUAUUUGAACUAUCUUCUUUCUAAUUUUGAUUAUUUUUGUGCCGUCAAACUGUUUUCAGAUUUGGGAUCCAGAGUUGUUUGUAUUUAUUAUUAUUUUUACAUCCAUUGCUUAUAUUUGAGUUAUUUUAUAAGAUUUGAAUGUUUUGCUCUUCUCUGAUGACCAUGCCUCAUUGAGUAGAAAUGAUGACUUGUGACCAAAAAGAAUUAGGAUACGGUCCCUCUGUUAAAUGCAGCUUUUUUAUUCUAGCAGUUGUUUCAUUUAGCUGGAUACUUUAUUUUUGGUAGUGGCACAAUACAGGAUGUUUUUCGGUGCUGGCACCUGCCCCUAAACUUAGACUAAACACCCUGUGGAGCUGGGCAGCACAGUCCUCCACAUCACCCAUAAGUCAUUGUCUUUUGUUGCUGUUGUAGCCAAUGAUGGUAUUGAUUCUUUUCCACACCUUACAGGUAUUGCUUUAUUGUAAAAAUCAUCAACAUCAAUGCGGAUUUUCAAACAAAUAAUGGAAUGAUAUUUUGUAAUGAUUGUGAAGGCACAUGUUUGAAAUGUUUGAGAUAAAAAUAAACUGAACUGAACUGAACUGAUACCCCUUCGGCGCCAGCUGUGGGCUCAAGGCUGGAGCCGAACAAAAACUCCCUGAUAACAACUGUGUGUUGACUGUUCUUCCCACUCUAUGCCAGGCCACCUGGGUUGGCUGGUAGACUGUUUACUUAGCCUGAUAGGGCGAAGGACACUGUCUCAGCUGAACUAUGGACACGCACACACAUACAUUUACACUGAUAAGCACUCACACAUCCCCCCUCCCCUUCCAAUGCCUUCGAUGCUUGUUGCCUCCUGGGAACACGAGGCGGGUCUGGGCCUGCGCUGUGGAGAGUCGGCGCAGUGA